AUCAACACAAGGUUUGUUUAGCGAUAUAUUUUUAUUACUCAUAGUUGGUACGCAUACAUGCGAGCAGAACCAAGGCAAAUCUCCCUAGGAUCACUUGUCGUCUGUUCUCCUCCGAAGAUUUACGUCAAAAUGGCUGGUUUUGUGUCCACAGUCUACAAUGUUAUCUGCCGCCGCAGUUCAACAUUUGCGCUCGCCAUAGUAGCUGGCACGUACGUUUUCGAACGUAGUUUUGACUCCGUAUCCAAUCAAAUUUUUGACUCUUAUAACAGAGGAAAACAAUGGAAGGACAUCAAACACAAAUAUGAGAAGGAAUAAGAAGAGACCACGAUAUGUGCAUGCAAUAGUAUUUAAUAUUUCAUGAAGAUGAUAAUAUAAAUACAUAAUUUCGAUGGACGAAAAUAUAUUAUAAGUAGUUUAAUAAAAAUAUCACAAAUAUCUAGAGA